AUGUCAAAUUCCUCGGCAGAGAACUCCCCAAUAUCGACUGCGGGCGGCGGAAGACAUUUCUCCAUGUCAGCAAACGACAAAUUUACUAUUGAUAUUCCAUCACCACGCCUGCAAGUAAACACAAACACAAACGGCAACCUCAACUCGCCCAAUACACUGAAGUCUCCAACCGCACGACGUAUUGCAGGAUUUUCUCGUGAAGGAAUACUUGGUUCAGCUCAAAAAGCCAGAAACUUAUCACAGUCUUCAGCAGAUAGAGAAUCAAUGACGAACGGCAACCAAAAUAGGCAAGCGAGCGACGAUGGAAUUAAUCCUCACAAAAGGAGAAGCACCGAUGCUGGGGUUGAUUAUCCUAGAAGACGAGCCACCAUUGCUUGUGAAAUUUGUCGAUCGAGGAAGUCACGAUGUGAUGGGACCAAACCCAAGUGUAAAUUGUGCACGGAACUGGGCGCGGAAUGUAUUUACCGAGAACCUGGCAUCAAGCUUGAUGCUGGUGAUAAACUCAUUCUAGAGCAUCUUGCUCGUAUUGAGGGUAUGCUCCAGUCGAGCCUCGUUGGACAGACCUCUAAUCUAGCGAUCUCGGCUGGCUCACCAUCGAUCAAUGGAAGAACGACUAUCAGUACCGACGAAGAAAUGAUGCAAAAUGGAGCGAAUUUCAUCUCAAUGCUUCCGGCGACUGGCCUAGGUACUUGGACGACACCCACUAACAUUUCAACCAUGCCGAAAAUACACACAAACGCAGCAUUGCAUUUAUUACAGUGGCCGUUAAUUCGCGACCUUAUCUCCAGACCUUACGACCCGCAAAUUCUCCUCCAACUUGAAAUGUCCAGGGAACCUCUCACACUGUCAAAAACUCCAUGUCUUGACCUGUCGAACACCUCAGCCUACAUCGAGGCAUUCUUUGCAAAAGUCAAUUGUUGGUACGCUUGUGUAAAUCCGUACACUUGGACGAGUUACUAUCGCAUCGCACUCUCUAAUGGCUUUCGAGAAGGGCCCGAAAGCUGUAUUGUCCUUCUCGUCUUGGCUCUUGGCCAAGCGAGCUGCAGUGGAAGUAUCUCCCGAAUUUCAAACGUACAGGAUCCGCCUGGAAUGCCAUACUUUGCAGCGGCAUGGGCACUUCUUCCUAGUCUGAUGACUCGGAAUACUGUUCAGUCGGCUCAGUGUACCAUUCUCGCAGCUGCGUAUCUAUUCUAUCUGGUCCGGCCCCUGGAAGCAUGGACUUUACUGAGCAGUACCAGCACAAAGCUUCAGCUUCUCUUGAGCGCUCCUGGACGGGUCCCAACAGGCCAAAGAGAGCUAAUGGAAAGGGUUUAUUGGAAUGCCUUACUUUUCGAAAGCGACCUACUUGCUGAAUUAGAUCUUCCUCAUUCCGGAAUUGUUCAAUAUGAAGAAAAUGUUGGUUUACCGGGAGGAUUUCAUCCAGAGGACGAAGAAAGCGUUGGUCGUGAUGAAUUGUGGUAUUUCCUCGCCGAAAUUGCUCUCCGACGUCUUCUCAACCGGGUCAGCCAGCUUAUCUACUCAAAGGACUCCAUGGCUUCAACACAGAGUCUCGAGCCGGUUGUGGCAGAGUUAGAUUUCCAACUAACCCAGUGGUACGAGAGUCUUCCACUACCAUUACAAUUUCCCUACAACCGCUCUCUUUUGCAAGACCCGGUACAGACUGUGUUGAGACUGCGAUAUUUCGCAUGCCGGACGAUCAUAUACAGACCUUAUAUCCUUGCGGUACUGGAUAACGAAUCUGCUGCGAUGGAUCCUGUUGUGCGCGAUAAUUGUCGGAAGUGCUUAGAAGCAUCCAUAAGGCAAUUGGAACAUAUUACAGCUCAUCAUGCUGGCCACAUCCCAUAUUUAUGGCAAGGAGCGCUUUCUAUAGCUUCUCAAACACUUCUUGUUAUGGGUGCCACGAUGUCACCUUCGCUUUCCGCCAUUCUUUCGACUCUUGUACCGCACUUAGACGCUGUCGAUGCGAUUAUCAACGAUGUGGUUACCGAAGUUGAGCGAUAUGUGCACCUUGCUCCUAGUCUCAGUCUUUCCGCGGAGAUCAUUCGUGAGGCUGAAAUGAGAAGACGUGCAUAUUUGGGAACAUGA